UGAUUAUCCAAAAAACAGUUUGUAAAUGUUUUGUUUUUAAAAUAAAUAUCAACAUGUCCGAUAACGAAGAGCCAACGGCUAAACAUUUCAAACUACAGUCUCAAAAGCAGGAGCCAGAAGAUGCAAUGGAAGAGGGUCACGAGGAAUGGCUCAGUGAGGACGUACUUAGUGAAGAUGAAUAUUAUCAAACUGGGGAACAAGAACAGAGUGAUUAUGCAAUAAUGAGUCAAGACGAUACAAUGACAAGUGCACAGGAAUGUGCAGAGAAUUCCGUGUACCAUGAUACAGGUGACUCCAACGCACAAGACGGACAUGAACGAGAUCAGGAAGAGAAUAUAGAAGAGACACUGAACAAUUUGGAGAAUUCACAAGAUAAAGACUUUCCAGAUGAAUUAGGUGCGUUCUUGAUAAGAAAGUCAGAUGGUAAACCGAUAAAGAAAGAGAUUGACGGAAGAGACAGUGAGAUGGACUCUACAAAACAUACAGACGAUGAUGGCCAUGAUACUGAUGAAUUACUGAGAAUGCUUGGUGAAGACGAAGCUAAACGUAAGAAAAAACCGUCCAUUAAACUAGUAAAGAAAGAACGUAAAGACGAAUCAAGUGAUGAAGACGAUGAUUUUAUAUUUGGGAGUACAAAAGUUACCAGAGUGAGGGUAGCAAAGAAUUUUAUAAAGAAAUACGCGACAAAAGCUGAGCCUGAAGACAUGAGUGAUAAGGAAGAGAUGUCAGAUGAAGUGGCAACUAUGAAGAACAUGUUCGUGACCCGACGGCCAGGCCACGCAGCCCUAGGCCCUCGCCCCCGCCACGUUGCGGCCAAGAGCACAACCCUCGGCGGCAUCAACGCGUUGCAGACGGUCACCAAACGCGUCGUCAGCCUCGACGGUAAUACUAAUAAACGUCCAAUGCCCCCAACUUCGCAUAGACAAGUGAUAUUGAAGCAGGUGAGUAAAGAAGAGCCGAAAAGAGAAAGACAGAGUAUGAAGGAAUCGGAGGAGAUUAUAAACGAAGAGGAAUUCCUCGAAGAAGAUGAGUUUGAUUUGGAUGAAGUUGGAGAGUUGGAGACGGACGAUGAAGAUGUUUCCAAUCGGCAGAAGAUGAGGCAGAGGAUCAUGAGACCUGAAAGGAUGGAUGAGGAGGUGCCUUCAGAUGGUGACAGCAACUCUGAUGAGAGCUUAUACGAUGAGAUCCAGUCUUCUGAGUCUGAGGAUCUUGAUGAAUGGUUCACUUUGGACAUCAGAGCUGAGAGAGCCGGAGAUUAUCUGCCUUUGUUAGGUACAAAAGCGAAGCAGUUAUUGAUAAAGGAACGUAACCGUGUCGGAGCUCGUCUCGCCACAUUGGACCAGAGCUUGUUGGCACUCAGAGACAGCGGCCGGCAACAAGCACAACAACUGCGGCGUGCCACAGCCGCUCUACAUGACAUUGAUAAUGCACUCAGAGCUGUUUGAUUCAUUAACUAGCUUUUACAUGCGACUUCUUUCAU